ACCAAAUAAAAACGAAACAAAAAAAUGGCUCCUUCGUCUUCUUAUUCUUCUUCUUCCAAGUCACUUCCUCCUGCUACAACGCUACCUCACCAGUCCCCUCUUUUCACUCCAAUUCAAGAAUAUGAAAGGGAGGAACAAGAAGACGGUACCCCAAGUGUAAAUACAGACAAAAGGUUGACCCCGACGCACCUCUCAACGCCCCUUCGUGACAAUAUCGUUGGAAAACCCACCGCCAGGAAACGUCCGGAAUCAGGUGGAACUGGCGGCGGCGGCGGGAAUGGUUCGGUUUCAUGCAUCAACUGCAGGCCAAACUCUAAGGAGAAGAUCUCCGUGGUUCCUUUGGAUAAUAAUGGAGUUAAUAAGCACUCCUUUUCCAUGGCAAGUCCUAAUGGGAUUUUCAAGUCCAUUUUCCAUUCUUUAACAAGGAAGAGUCCAAAAUCAACUGAUGUGUCUACAGCCAGAGAAGAAGAGUGGAAAAUUGCCGCGGCUGAACUGUCACACAAGCUCAUUCAAGCUACAAGAAAGAGAGAUGAAGCAUUGCUUGAAGCUUCGAGGUUAAAAUAUUCCAUGGCUGAGCUUGAGAAGAAGCUUAACAAGCUUGAAGUUUACUGUCACAAUCUCAAGUCUGGUCUUGAUGAAUGCAACAGCAACUCUCCUUAUAGAAUUGGCAAAACCCAUAAUGUUCAUCAAGAUGGGGUAAUUGGAGCUAAUGAGAAAGUUAUUCAACAAUUCUUGGUUUCUGUCUCUGAAGCUAGGUCUUCAAUCAGGCUUUUGAGUAGGUCACUCACCAUGCAGUUAAGGCACAUGGGUACCAAAGUUUAUGAGAGGAUAUCUGUGCUUUUACAGCCUCACGACACCAAGAUUUCUCACUCCAAGAACCCCAAAGGUCUUAUUCUCUACCUCGAAGCUCUCUUGAACAAAGCUUUCUUCGAAGACUUUGAAUCGAUCGGGUUUCAAAAGAGUGCGGUGAACCAGAUACUGAACCCCAUCGAUUGUUGCGAAGCUAAUUACGCGUCCUUCAGUAAUUUACAAGGCUUGACAUGGGAGGAGGUUCUGAACAAGGGAACAAGGUAUUUCAGUGAGGAGUUCAGCAAGUUUUGUGACAGGAAAAUGAAUGAAAUAGUGGCUAUGUUGGGGUGGAACCGAGCUUGGCCUGAGCCAUUGUUGCAAGCCUUUUUUGGUGCGUCAAAGAGUGUGUGGUUGGUGCACCUCUUGGCCAACUCGUUGCACCCUGGCUUACCAAUUUUCAGGGUAGAUAAAGGGGUGAGCUUUGAUUCAGUAUACAUGGAGGACAUGGAUGGAGAAAGAGCCAGAAAAUUGGUUCCGAGUAUUGUUCGAAUCAUGAUCACACCAGGGUUCUAUGUCUAUGGCAAUGUAGUCAAGUCCAAAGUUAUUUGCAGGUACUCCAACAAUGUGGAUAGUAAGAGCUCAAUCCAUCUCCUUAGUGUUUAAAUUUAACUAGGUUGGUCUUUGUA